AGGUGUCGUGGAUGAGACGAAGGAUUUUACACGUCAUUUCAGCCAAUCAACCUAUCUUCACCUCUGACGACAGAUUCAAGGUACGGAUGGAUAACGAGACCUCUUCGUUUACCCUGGAGAUCGGGGCGGCCCUCACCAACGACUCCGGUGUUUACGAGUGCCAAGUGAACACACGACCAAAACUCUCCAGACCCGUCACACUAACUGUCCAGGCUGCGGGGGCGGUCAUCCUGGGUCCUGCAGAGCUCUACAUUAAGACAGGGUCAACACUUGUCUUGACCUGCACGGCCACCCUUCACCCACUAGCCCACGCCAAGGUAGAGUGGCAGCACAACGGAACACAGGUGACCAUCUCAGGGCCACGGGGCGGGGUCAGCAUCCACACGGAGGCGGGCGUCGGGGUGGUGACGUCACGGCUGUCAGUGGUGCGGGCGGCGCCAGGUGACGCGGGGAACUACACCUGCCACCCACACACCGCCCUCCCCGCUACUACCACAGUCUUCAUAGUUGAUGAACAGUUCCCAGCAGCGAUGCACCACGAGAGCGGGGCGGAGCAACACAACCAUCAUUGGCUAAUCAGCGCCGCCGUCCUCCUGAACCUCGUCCUCUUCGCUGCUAGAUGAUGUGUCUGACCAAUCACAACUCUGCAUUUUGUACACACUGCGUUUUUGUAUGCGUUGCUCUGACUACCCCCAUUGUUUACUGUACUUUGUAUUUCCCUGAGGAUUUAAAGGUAACGUGAAGAGUAAUAUAUGUGAGAGAUGUAAUUGUAUAUUAUAUAUACUGUCAAAGGUAUUUGUGUAUUAAUUCUUAAUUAAUAUAAUGUAUUACAAGCCA